AUGGAAAAGAUUGGGAAUUGGUUGGUGGGUGUGGAAAAUUAUGAGGUGGUGGGAGUGGUGUUGGGCAAGAGCUGGGCAUGUUGCAGAUUUGCAUGGUACAGGGAGACAAAGGAUGUUGUGAGAUGUUGGAACUUGGUAUCCGGGAACUCUGUAAUGCCCAGGAACCCUUUCUGCACUUUUACCUUAACUGAGGAAGCUUUUUUGGGCUCCGCUGAGUAUGCAGUUGUAGAUUCUAUAGCAUAUGCCACAGAAUCUGGGAGUGUUGGAUCACUAUUUUUGUCUAGUGCAGCAGACAAAGAGAAUGGCCUUGAUGGGUUCUACAAAAAUGUGCAACUCAUUACUUCCAAUGAUAGGUUUGAGAUCUUGGAAGAUUAA